AUAUUUACUAUAACUCUUGGACUGAUUUAAAUUUUGAUCAAAUUAAUCAAAAACCUAUACCUGAUGUUUUACCUAUAGAAGAAAAUCUACCAACUGAACAAGAAGUACUACAAUUUAUAUUUAUACUAUCUGACAAUACUGAAGAUAUAGAUGAUAGCCAAGACCCAUGGGAAAUAAUUAAAGAAAUUGUAAUUGCCUCUGGUCAAGCUCUAGGAUAUGAUCUUGAUAAUGAACUAUCUGACAAAUGA